AUAUAGGCCUCGUGGCAAACUGUCCUUAUCUAGGUACAGUGAAGUUGCUGGAAGACUUCGAAAAUGGCAGAGAGCACUAGAAACCUCGCAACUCCAAGAUGGUCUCUAACGGGAACGACAGCACUCGUCACCGGCGGCACUCGUGGAAUUGGGUACGCCGUGGUGGAGGAGCUAGCUUCGCUUGGUGCUUAUGUUUUCACUUGUUCUCGGAAUGCAGAAGAACUUGAGAGGUGCUUGAAGGAAUGGUCUGCUAAAGGGUUCCGGAUCACUGGGAUUGUGUGUGACGUUUCGGUUAAAUCCGAGAGAGAGAAGCUAAUGGAGCAAGUGGGUGUUUCUUUCGCUGGAAGGCUCAACAUAUUUGUAAAUAAUGUUGGCACAAACAUAAGGAAACCAACUACUGAGUACACUUUUGAAGAGUAUUCUAAGGUAAUGAGUACCAAUUUGGAAUCUACAUACCAUUUGUGCCAAAUUGCGCAUCCGCUUUUGAAAGGAUCCGGAGCAGGAAGCGUUGUGUUCAUAUCAUCUGUGGCUGGUUUGGUGAGUCUUGGUUCUGGGACCAUUUAUGCAGCAAGUAAAGCUGCGAUUAAUCAGCUUACGAAAAAUCUGGCUUGUGAAUGGGCGAAAGACAAUAUCAGGAGCAAUGCUGUUGCUCCUUGGUACACCCGAACCUCACUUGUGGAACACAUGCUGGAGGACAAGAAGUUUCUGGAAGAGGUAACCUCUCGUACUCCUCUCAAUCGUGUUGCAGAACCAGAAGAGGUCUCAUCCUUGGUAGCAUUCCUCUGCUUGCCGGCUGCUUCAUACAUCACCGGACAGAUCAUAUGUGUCGAUGGAGGCAUGACUGCUAACAGUUUUUGCCCCACUAGUAUCCCAAAAUGAGCCUUCUUAGCAGGUGUCUUAUCUUCCUUUGCUUUACAAAAUGUGUUGAACUGGCCUUCCUCAAAUGCGUUUGUUCUGUUAAUCACGAGCAUAAAACCGAAACACACCCAAGACAUAUCAUUUUCUAAAUCUACUUGGACUACCAUACCACAAAUGGUCUCUCUCAACCCCCAUUGAAUUAUCAUGCUUUGCACAUUUGUUUCAUUAUGUGAUUAUGACUGUGAACUCACCAAAAGAUGCCGUAGUUUUU